UGGAUGCAUCAUCAGGCAUCUUCCGCAUCAUUCCGUUCCAAGACUUCUUCCUCAUCUUCCUCCUUCCAUUCUCGACCAUGCCAAGAUAUUGAAGCGGAAGUCGUGCUUGGCUUCAAUGGUGAUACCGCUUGUGUUUGCAUGAAGAACGGGGCCUUGAUUUGCGGAGGAGGGGCACUUUGAGGGGCACUUUGGGGUAUGUACGGAUGGCACAGUUACCUACUAGACAUAGAGGUACCCCAGGAACAGGUGGAGAUGACGGGAUCGAUGUUGUUGUGAGCAUUUAUCUGAGAGGCAGCCAACACGCCGAGCACUGCGUGCCCCCUUGCGUACAUACCUCUACCUACACUGCAUAAGGCCGGAUGUUCAUGGAUGGCGUUUGAUACGGUAUUCGUCGGAUAUCCAUCUCGGUCUACGUCUAGUGCCCUGCCGAGCCUUGGUUCGUUACAGUUAUUGCUUGAAUCAUACCUGCCCGUCUGUCCCUGAAGGUUCUCACAGCAGGUGCUCGUGCUCAUUUGACUUCCCCCGUCGUCCUUCCCCCGAACCUCGAAGCUUCCACUUUUUCUCCCUCCGCUACACCACAGAAUCCGCAGCCAACUCCAGAGAGAGCAAGCUGAAUCAUCGUGGCCAUGUCGUUCUUCAAGAAGCUCAAGAAAGACCUUGUUGAAGAUCUAGGCAAGCUAGGUCUCGUCGACAAGAAGGAGGAACAGCCGGCAAGCUACUCCGGCUCGCGCGACUACUAUCCCCCUCCCCAGCCGCCGCCACAACAAUCAUAUUCUCCUCAGCCUCCUCAGGGACAAUCGCAGCCUCCAUACCACGGCGGCAGCUACCAGCACCCUCCCCCUCAGCAGCCUGGCUAUCAAGGAGAGUACUCCCCUCAACAGUCUGGCUACACUGCCCCUCCCGGCGCCCCCGUUCCAAAUUACGAAUCCAGGCCAGCGCCGCCUUACAACCCUCCAUCCGACAAGCCGCCCCUGCCCUCAGGCUGGACGCCGAAAUGGGACGACGAGUAUCAAAGAUGGUACUACCUUGAAGAGGCCACUGGCCGCUCGCAGUGGGAAGCCCCCGGCUUUGAGAGGUCCAGGCUCGCCGGUGGUGGUGAGCAAGAGUUGCGUGGCUACGGAGGUGACGGUUCUUAUCCUCCUCCUCAGCAGCAGUACGGCGGAGGUCACGGUGGUGUUCCCGACUAUGGCUACAGUGGCGGUGGUGGACAACAGUAUGGUGGUUAUCAACAGCCUCCGCCGCCACAAGGCUACGGCGGCCAUGACCAGCAGCAGGCAUAUGGUGGCGAGCCGGUAAAAGAAGAAAAGAAGAAGAAGGAUAACAAGGGUUUGUAUAUGGGCGCAGCUGCUGGUCUGGCUGCUGGUGCUGUUGGUGGUGCUGUUCUUGCUCAUGAGCUGGCCGAAGACUCCGACUCUGACAAUGAGCACCGCGCCGCACCUCCCCCGCCCCCUCCCGCGGCCUAUGGCGGUGAUAGCUACAGUGGCGAUUAUGGUGGUGGUUACGGCGCUCCGCCCCCGCCUCUUGAUGGUCCCAUCCCGACGACAAAUGUGUAUGGUGAGGAGAUCGACCAGAGUGACCGUGAGUCGAUUGCUUCCGCCCGUGAGAAGUACGAGGAAGCUCUAGAAGAGGCACAGUCGUCUUCUGCAAGCAGUAGUGACCAGGAAGAGCUCGAGGAGGCGAGAGAGGAGUAUGAAGAGGAGCUCGAGGAGGAGUACUAUGAUGAAUGAAUGGAACAACGAAGCGAGCACAGACUGAUUUGGGAGAUGUGGGCAUUCUUUGGUGGAAGUUACGCCGUGACGUAUAAAUCAGAAUAGCUCUCAGGUGUCGCUGGGCUGUUGGAGGGAGCGUCUUGCUACUGUAUACCUUAUAAACGCCGUGGUUUAACCUUUUAUCAAUCUUCCAUACAACGACAUGUAUAUUGAUUGGUGCGCUUUGUCGCAGGUGUCCUGGUGCUGCAACUUACACACCUCAACAAUUCGUUAUGUGAUAUCCCCCUAUAUGCCGGGCCGAGUAAACCAAGAUGUCGGAGCUAUCAGUUAUCUACGGGUAAAUGGCGAGGGGCAUGAAUAUGGGUAAUAAGAAAAAUAACAUGCUCAUGGUUACUAAAUUGCAUAGAAGCGACGAGACCAGGCAGUAUGUCGCGUUGAUGAGCUGGUGAAGAAAUCAUCUUGUCGUCCCCCCUUAGCCGCGAUCUCCUGAAAAACUCCAUGGAGUAAUAGGAUAGGAAGGACUACCUCCGGAUGCGGUAUCCCAUCUACGGCAUCAGAGGAUCCGAUCGUACGAGACAAGUGAUUUAUGAUAGGACGUGACUGCCGAGGACAUGUCCCGCGAGAUGAGUAUUGGCGGCGUGGCUUGCUGAAAGAUGUGACUAGAUCUCAGAGCCGCCCCAAUCCAGUGUGGCAAACAAAGAGUUUACCCCUGACUGCCCUUCAUAUACCGGACAAUGCAUCAACGGUACAUUUCUUCCGCUUAACC